GUUUCAGUUCGUUGCUACGUUCUUACAGACGUGUUCUGCUCAAGUAUAGCUCGUACUCAAUGCGGGUUAUAUACAACAAUUAGUUCUUUCUCGUUUUCGGUCUUGCACAAACUAAUAAAUUAUAUUUCUGUCAACUUAGUCAAAAAAAUAUAUAAUUAAAUCUAACCAAGGACACUAAGUAAUUUCACGAUAAACAUACAAACAUAAAAAAUCAAAGAACACUUCAACAAUGGAACCAAAACACUCAUUAUUGACCAUUGCGCUCAUUGCAGCGCUUGUUUGCUCCACAUUGGCAGCCAAAAUGCCUGAUUACAUACAAAUAUGCCACCGAAAUGAUCCAAAGAUAGCCGAGUGUGUUAAGGACUCAGUACACUCUAUACGACCACACUUGGCAGAUGGUAUUGCGGAGUUAAAUGUGCCCGCCAUGGAACCGCUUUUUAUUGGCGAUCUAAAUAUAUUAGAAGGUGGUGCCAACGGGAUUAACGUUAAAGUGAAAAAACUUAAUGUUUGGGGUUCAUCGAAUUUCGAAAUCAAAAAAAUUAGAGCCUCGGACGAUGCUAAACGCUUUGAUUUCGAACUGAUUUUGCCAUAUCUACAUGGUGAGGGCAAUUAUAAUAUCAAUGGGCAGCUGUUGGGUUUAACAUUGCGGGGUAAUGGACCUUUCACUGGAAAUUUCACCAACUUUUAUGCUUUUGUGAAAGUUGUUUUCGAUGUAAAACCCGUCAACGAUGUUGAAAUGAUUAGUCUCAAAGAUUUAGUUGUGAAAAUUCGCACUGGCAGCGGAAGUAUACAUUUACAGAAUCUAUUUGGAAAUGAUAAAACGCUUGGCGAUAUUAUAAAUGACACCAUUAAUCAAAACUUUGAAGUUUUCACCAAUGAAGUUAUUCAACCAAUCGAACGCGCCUUGGAAAAGAGAUUCAGCGACGUGGCAAGUCAAAUCCUAGACAGCUUCACCUACAAUGAACUGUUUCCCGUUUAAAUGCGCAAGCUCUACACGUUAGUAAUAAAUAGUAACAAUUGUUCACUUAUAAUAUAAUCAUACAUACAUACAUCUUAAUUUAUAUAUAUAGUAUAUUUAAUAUAUUUGUAUUUGAGGUGAAUACGCGAACUUUCAAAAUGUUUUAUUUUGAUUGUAUAUUGUAAAUAAAAUAUAUGUAUGUAACCGAAAUUAUUAGUGAAUAUCUAUAUAAGCAAUAGCAAAAAUGAAUAUUAUGUGAUAUGUAUUAAUGUGUUAAUAUACAUUUAUAAUACGAAAUAAAAGGAAUGAUGUGCA